ACCUUCAAUGAAUACAUGUUUGUGACAUAAUACACUUUUAUCAAAGCCUACAUAGUUCAGCUUUAGUGAAUUCUAUUGAAACAGGCUGCACAUACCAGGCCUAUUACAAGCCUUCUGAGCAGUGCAACAUGUCCGAGAAAGACCUUCAGAGAUAAAAAACUGAAUGAUGAUGUGUCACAGAUUUGUUUUAACCAAUUUCCUUCAGCUUAAUGAGAGAAACCUUCAGCACCAUCUAGUGGGCUGAAGAAGAAUUUGUUGUAUUUCUCUAGAAGCAAAAAGGCAGUUGUAUUUCACAUACAAUCAAUAAUUAAAAUAAUACAAUAUCGAUACUAUGCAUUUGAUUUUGCAAUGCGAAAAAUCGCGAUCCUAGCGGUCUUACCCCCCAACCUUUUAGAAAACCAUUCAUUUAAAACCAUGGGACUAAAGCUCAUACAUUUCAUCUCACUGAACUGAACUUGCAGGAUUGAGGAAUACAGUGAAUAACCGAUACACAUAGCAUAGGAGUGGUGGGCACUUAAGGCACGCUUAUUCUUGUGCCAAAUAAAGAAACACAGUAGUGUAUGUAUGUGACAGCUGCCUGCCUGCCUGCACCGAGAAACCUGAGCCGGUUACCUCUGAAGGCCAAAUCCCGGAAUUCCCUCAGACCCCUAAGCACUUCAGCAGACCACCUCAAACAGUCAGAGGCUGAAAACAUUAACAACAGGGGAGGAAACAGAUUAAUAUGUGGGAUAUCAUUGUAUCAUGGUCACAUUUUCUACUAAAGAUUGUGCGCUGGUAACGUUGCUUUUGUCGAGCUUGGCUUUCCUGACUUCAGCACAAUAUGAAAAGUACACUUUCAGAAACUUUCCCCAAGAGGAGCUCAUGCCUCUCACCACAGCGUAUGGAUUGGCGUUGGAUCAUUACGCAGCAGAGAUGUGGACUGAAUCGAUCAAAUAUUUGGAGCUGAGUUUGCGUUUGCACAGGCUUAUCAAAGACAGUGUAAGAUACUGCGCGCUGCACUGCAAUAGCAGCAAACACGAAGAACUGAGCUUUGCAGGAAACGAGGAUCUAAACGUCGACUGGUAUUUUAUGAUGAGAGCUACCUGUCAGAAAAAAUGCAGGGCAAAAUUCCCCGCGCUACAGCUUCCUUCUCCAGGCAGAGAGAUUUUGCAGGAUUUCAGCAAAAGAUCCCCUUACAAAUACCUGCACUUUGCGCAAUCCAAGCUGGAUGACCUGCAGAGGGCUAUCCCAUGCGCCUACACCUACCUGCAGAGGAACCCCGAGGAUCAGGAGAUGCACCGACUAAUGGAGGAGUACAAGAGCCAGUACGACCUGAGCGGAUAUCUGGCUGACCAUGAAGAACAACCACAUGAGGCCUCCUUUCUGAAAGGAGUGGAACUCUUGAACUCAGGCAACUUCAGCAGCAGUGUUGAUCACAUGGAGGAAGCUCUCAGGCUCUACCUCAGAGAGUAUGGCCUAUGUCAGGCAGAAUGUGAAGGGAUCAGUCAACUUUCGACAGACAAUGACUUCUAUGCAGUCAUAGCUGACGUCCUUUUUGACGUAUUACAGUGUAAGCUGAAGUGUGAAGAGAACCUGAUGCCUAAUGUUGGCGGUUUCUUUGUGGAGAAAUUCCUGGCCACUGUCUACCACUACCUCCAGUACGCAUAUUAUAAAAUGAACGAUGGUCGCAGUGCGGUUCCCUGUGCAUACAGCUACGUGCUGUUUGAGCCUGAGGACCAGGUCAUGAAGCAGAACCUGCAGUAUUAUAAAGCUUACAGUGAGCAGUGGGGCCUUUCGCCUGAACACUCCUCUCCCAGGGUGGAGGCUCUCAAAUUCUACAACCAGACUGUCAACCUAAAGCAGAUGUUGACAUCGGUACAGAAGUACUUAAAGAUGAAUAAUGAGGAUUUCUUGGGACCAGAGGAAGCUGCUCUUCUGGCCUCUGAGUCUCCUGACGUUGAGUUUGAAGGGAUGGGAGACUACGAGGAGUCAAUCUAUGCUGACUGGAAGCAGCCAAAGGGCAAAGGAGACACUGGGGAGACAACAUCCUGAGCAAGAUAUUUCUUCCCAGUAACACUAGAGAUGUUUAUGCUUUUAUUAAGUAAGUCAUUUUUGGUGUUUGUAGUCUAGCAUGAAUGUUUAUACCUUGUUUUUUGUUAAUAAAUCAGUAUUAUUUCA